GGAACAUAUCGAUUGUUUCAACGAAACCUUACCAUCCUUAGCAUAAAUCAGCUGUUCAAUUGUCUUGUUUUGACGCUUCCAAUUGUUUACAAUUUCAGCAGAUAUUAAACAAAAAAGUUUAUAAGCUAGUCUGCUCCACAAUAACCAUAAAAAAGCACGGAAUUGUGCCCGCGUUUCUUUUUUUCCAACUGCGCCUCAUGUUUUUGUUAUGGAACCGUUCAUUUUCUCGCAAUGCAAAUCCUGCUGCGGAACGUACACGCGAAACUCUAGGUGAAGAUUUUGUGCGAAAAUUAGAUGCAUUGCACGAUGACGCCUUACGCACGGGCCUAGUUACUACCGCAGAUUUACAGGAAGCAUACAGAAAGUCACGCGAUACUGAUCGCGAUCCAAAUAAAAUAAAUUUAUGGUACGUGUUGGGCAUCCUAGCCUUCAUAAUGAUAGUGACGCCCGUAUUCUAUGAACUAAUUACAUUCUUCUUGGGUGUGCGUUGCUUUUUACCCAAUAAUUAUAUUGUGUGGGAAGCAACGCGCCCUAUAAGUGAUUGCGGAUUUUGCAGAGAUGUUUCUGGACCAAAGGUUUUGCAAAAUAUGACACGUGAAGAGUUUGCACCUUAUGCGUAUUCAUCACAACCAAUUAUAAUAAAAAAUGCAGUGGCACAUUGGGCUGCUAAGAAGAUAUUAAAUUUUAAUUAUCUUAAAAACUUAUAUGAACGCAUACCUGGCGCGAUCGAUGAGGAUUGUCCCUUCCUGCAUUUUCGCUCAGACUUCAAGUCCUUACGUGAUGUGCUUGCCAUGCCGAGCGCACGCUCUAAUUUAUCAGCGGGACAGACACCUUGGUAUGUCGGCUGGAGCAAUUGCCAUCCAACUGUAUUGGAAGAACUGCGUAAACUUUAUCCACGUCCGCAUUUUUUGCCCGUCGACGCUGAAAUGCCAAACGCAGAUUAUGUUUUUAUUGGAUAUGAGCAAGGAGUUUUUAUGCAUUUGGAUUAUAUUCCACGACUUAUGUGGCAAGCUCAGCUUCAAGGCAACAAAAGUUGGAUCGUGGCACCAACUCCUGAAUGUGAUCAUGUUUGUCAAUCAUUUUCAUUUUAUGUAGAGCCCGGGGAUGCAGUAUUGGUCGAUACCCGAAUUUGGUACCAUGGAAGCUCUAUACCAAAUAAAGGGCAAUUUGCACUCACCAUUCAGUCUGAGUACGGUUAAUAGAUACAUACGAAUUCCGCGGAAUUAGCAUGUAGAUAUACUAUACUAUAUUUUACCGAAGAUUUGUACCUCAAAUUAUGUCUUGAAAGGAACUGAUUUUGAUAUUCUCUGGCCAUCAAGAGCUGGCAACUCUGAAUAUUCUCAUCUAUAUCCCACUAUUUUUUAGGUUCUAUUGUGAACGAUCAUAAAAUAAAAUUUUCAAAUUGCAAAUUCAGCGAUAAUGGCACAAGUUGACGAUUUCGAGCAGAUAUCC